UUUUUUUUGUGGCAGAUACGAGCGAGGCUUAGGCCUAGGCUACCCUCAGGAUGAAUCUAGGCCUCGCCUCAUUACGGAAGCAUGAGUUCCUCUGCCUUUUCUGGCUUCUGUCGUGUUUCGUGGAAUGGUCUUCGGCGUACUUCGUCACCGUUGAUGCCCACGCAGAGGAAUGCUUUUACGACAAAGUGAAUUCUGGCACCAAGAUGGGCCUCAUGUUUGAGGUGGCAGAAGGAGGAUUCCUGGACAUUGAUGUGCGAAUAGUUGGCCCUGAUAGUCAGGCCAUUUACAAUGGGGAACGAGAGACAAAUGGGAAAUACACAUUCACAGCUCACAUGGAUGGGAUUUACACAUACUGCUUCAGCAACAAGAUGUCCACUAUGACGCCCAAGGUUGUUCUGUUUGACAUGGAGAUGGGAGAUUCUCCCAAGACUGAAGUGGGUGGUAAUGCAGACCAAAAUAAGCUGGAAGAUAUGAUCAAAGAGUUGUCUACUGCCCUCAUGGGUGUGAAGCAUGAGCAGGAGUACAUGGAAGUACGAGAGCGUAUCCAUCGAGCCAUCAAUGACAACACCAACUCCCGUGUCGUUCUCUGGUCGAUCUUUGAGGCCUUGGUACUUGUUGCGAUGACCCUCGGCCAGGUCUAUUACCUCAAGCGAUUCUUUGAGGUGCGACGCGUCGUCUGAGAUCAAAGGUUGUACAUGUGUUCAAGGCUCCUUGCGCCUUCUCCCUUGUGACUUGUCACUGCUCUUCAUUUCUCUCAGAUAUUUAUGAGUAUACCAGAUUGAAAUUUGUGGAUGUGACCAUGCUUGAUUGAAAAUAUAAAUGAAGAGAUUUGUUUUCCCAAUCUUCAAUUGAAUUCCUUUUUUAUGGGUGUAGUCCCACAUGAGCUUUACAUUACAA